CGUCGCGGUCAAAACUCAUUCAUCACUCCUUCUGGCUGCUGGACCAUAUCAUCAUAGGAAACCUUCUGCAGGUCGGAGUCCGUUCUUUGUGCACGACUGUUCAGUGCAGAUUGACGCGUCACUGCUCCGGCAUCCCGCAGAAGUAGAAGGCUUGCGUAUCCUGCUGGAGCUGAGACAGCCGGAGCCGGAGCGGAGCCGGAGCGCAACGGAGCGGAGCCGGGAUUAGAUUAAUGGUGUUCCAUAAUGGCGAGCCCAGCUGUUCUGCGGAUCAUCUUUGGUGACGAGUCUGACUCAAGAAAACUGACCCUCAAUUCUGGAAUUCCAGCAACAGUGGAAGAACUGCAUUCGUUAGUAAAGACAUUCUUUCAAUUCAAAGAGGACUUCAGGUUGCAGUAUAUGGAUAAUGACUUUAACGAGUUCAUGAACUUAACUUCAGUGUCUGAGAUUAAAAACAAAAGCACACUGAAAGUAGUAUACAUUCCUGUUUUUUCCCCUGUGGAGCCCUGCAUCACUUUGUAUACAGUAGACUCAUCUGGUGAGCACUCAAGUACCACUUGCCCAGAUCCUGAAACUUCUGCUUCGUCAAUAGCCUCAUCCUGCAGUGAUGAUACACUGUUCACAUCAACCCCACAUUCAUCCCCGGAAACUCAGCCCUCAAAAUUGUCUUCGUGGCCCAAGGUUUUUGUGGUCCCCAAAUUCACCUAUGACGCAGAGUUUCAGCUACAAGACAAGAAUAAAGAGUUUGAGACAAAUGGAACAUACUUCAACCCUGGCCCAAAGUUAAAAGGAGUCAUUCUCGAUGGCCUAGCCCAAGAAAUGUUGAAAUACACAAAAUAUCCAAAAGACUAUCAGUGUGAAGAGGUAGCAGCAGCAUUGACGAGAGCUCAUCCUUGUUUGGGGCAGCUUGGAUCCAAGACAGGAUUUUGGGGAUGGAAACAGUCACUGAAGUAUAAAAUGCAAAACUAUCGCACAAAGCUGGGGCGACUCGGACAUCCUGAAAUCUGUGUGAACUCCUUAAAGCACAAACGUGAAGGCCAAGGCAAAGCUGCAGCCAACAUCAAGAAAGCCAGAAAGGCAGAAGUUUACUAUAUACCACUGCACCCAAAAGGCAAAACCACAGAAAGCUUGGAAAGCGAGAGAAUUGCUUUGUUGUCAGAAAUAAAGAAGCGUGACAAUGAAGUUGUGAUUAAAGCGAAAAUGGAAAUAACCUUCUCCCACAGAAGACGAGAGGUUGUAGAGCAGAGGCCCAUGAUAGAGGAGUUCAAAAACAGAUGGCCUGCUCUGUUCCAGCAGAGUGAAAUUAAUGCAGAGUUCUUGCGGAUCACCACGAAACCACUGCAGUCAAAGUUCAUGUCGCAGCUGGACCACUUUUCACACAAGCUGAUGCAGAUCUUCAAGAGCAAAGGAGGAGUGAAGGGGCGAAGAAUCAAAGAUGUCCUGGCAAAAAUAGAUUUGUGUGACGACAUCGACAUCAGGAGGGAGUGCAUCCUGAGAAGCCUUGUUAUCUACCUCAAUGAAGAUCCUGACACCUUCUUCAAGGAAUAUCUGGCCUCCACCACUGAGGAUGCAGAAAGGGACAUCGCCCUCACAGUCAUGGGGAUAUACAUAAUCCGUCAAGAUGGCGAUGGCCAGCCAGAGGAUGUGGGAAUUGUGAUCGAAGGCGUCAAAGUCCUGAGCAACGUGGACAGUGUCAUCAUGGGGGUCAUAAUGAUGUUUGGGCUCAUUUAUGCCCUUGAUCUGAGCUUUCCAGACAACCUCAAGUACACUUUUGAGUUUGUCCAAAAGAUCCUAAUGAACCUGGAUGGGCACAAGCUGAACACAAAGAUACAGCAGCUGAAACUCAAGUUGUUUGCAUGAGAGGUGAAGACUUGUUGACACUUGUUUCCUUAACAGAUCUUUUAGGAGUAUUUUUUGUGGGGGGUUUUUUGCCUUCAUUUUCAGACCAGUCAAUGACAAUCUAUAACCUACAUUUGUGUUUCCCUUGACAUUUUGAAACUCAGAAUUGAAACUCAGAAUUGACCAGGUUUCACAGAAGCAGGCAAGGGGCUGUUUACUGAACUGUUUGAAUAACACGAUGAACAUUUAUGCAGCCAUGGGGAGCGGAGAGAGACAUUAUGUAAUUGUUCCUCCCUAAUGAACACUGAUGGAGGUUUAAGAUUGGAUGGACAAAGUUUGCCCACUUUACCUCCCCAUCCUAACUCUGAGUGUGACUCUACCAUCCACACUUCUCAAGCGGCCAUUCAUCUUGAGUCAACUAGCACCUCCAUUCCUCUCCUCCAUGUCUAAUUUCAUCACUCAACUCAGGAUGAAAUGGACUUGAACACGGUUCAAUAUAUUGGAGUUUUCUUUGAUCGUGAAUGGCUAGUACUGUUUUCAUGUUGUUUUACAUAUCUAGUUACAUUUAAAUUACAUAUUUUCUUAUAAAAAAAAUCAGAGUCUUGGUGUGUGAAUGUUUAGUUUCAAAAAGAAAAUGUUUUUGUUGUUUGUUGCCAAAAUGUGGUCCAAGGGAAUUUUGCAUUUGCUGCUUUUUUUUUUUCCUGUAAUACUAGUAGCUUUAAAGCUAAUGGCAACACUACACUUAUGCAGGAAUCAAAUAUGUUUUUGCUGUUUUCUCUGUGUGUGUCUUUGUGGCACUGGGGGACAUAGGAUAGCUGGGUGUUCUUUUUCCCCCAGUUACAGAGCAGUUAUAGGAGAAUCAUUUCAAGCAAACGCUCCCUUUUGAAUUGUUCUUUAACAAAAGGUCUUGGUGUUUGUAUUCAAGUAAAACUGAGUUCAUUGUGUUUUGUAUUCAAGUAAAUGGGACAUCUUUGUGUUUGGUUUCACGUAAAAUUGAGUUUUGGAGGACUUUGAUAUUAUGUAAAAUUAACAUCUUGGUGUUUGUUUUCAUGGUAAAUUAACAUCUUGGUGUUUGUUUUCAUGUAAAAUUAACAUCUUGGUGUUCGUUUUCAUGUAAAAUUAACAUCUUGGUGUUCGUUUUCAUGUAAAAUUAACAUCUUGGUGUUUGUUUUCAUGGUAAAUUAACAUCUUGGUGUUUGUUUUCAUGUAAAAUUAACAUCUUGGUGUUUGUUUUCAUGUAAAAUUAACAUCUUGGUGUUCGUUUUCAUGUAAAAUUAACAUCUUGGUGUAUGUUUUCAUGUAAAAUUAACAUCUUGGUGUUCGUUUUCAUGUAGAGUUGACAUCUUGGUGUUUGUUUUCAUGUUAAAUUAACAUCUUGGUGUUUGUUUUCAUGUAAAAUUAACAUCUUGGUGUUUGUUUCAUGUAAAAUUAACAUCUUGGUGUUCGUUUUCAUGUAGAGUUGACAUCUUGGUGUUUGUUUUCAUGUUAAAUUAACAUCUUGGUGUUUGUUUCAUGUAAAAUUAACAUCUUGGUGUUCGUUUUCAUGUAGAGUUGACAUCUUGGUGUUUGUUUUCAUGUUAAAUUAACAUUCAUGUUUGUUUUCAUGUUAAAUUAACAUCUUGGUGUUUGUUUUCAUGUUAAAUUAACAUUCAUGUUUGUUUUCAUGUUAAAUUAACAUCUUGGUGUUUGUUUUCAUGUUAAAAUAACAUUCAUGUUUGUUUUCAUGUUAAAUUAACAUCUUGGUGUUUGUUUUCAUGUUAAAUUGACAUCUUGGUGUUUGUUUUCAUGUAAAAUUAACAUUUGUGUUUGUUUUCAUGUUAAAUUAACAUCUUGGUGUUUGUUUACAUGUAAAAUUAACAUUGGUGUUUGUUUUCAUGUUAAGUUGACAUCUUGGCUGUAUUCGUUCAUGAUUGUUGAAUUGAGGAUUUACUGUCCUUCAUUAAAAAUACCAACCAGG